GGGGAUGGGGAAGAAGAAGAGUUAGGUUUUGAUUUCGAGUGACGCCUCACUGUUCUUUCAAUUUAAUGGCCCGACGUCGGCGACUCAAAACCCUACCGGAUGCAAGUAGGGAUUUAAUAAGUGAGCUGCCGGUAGAGGUGAAGGACAGAAUUUUGGAGUAUUUGCCCACCCGAGACGCCGCCAGAACUGCUCUGCUCUCAAGGCACUGGAAUCAUGUUUGGUUGCAGCAUGAGCGGCUUACGUUCGAUUGCGAAUUUGUGCAGAGUUUCCAACAGUUCCAAGAUGAUGACGGUAGAACCCUCGUGAACAUAAUCAAUAAUAUCUUAUUUACUCGUGCUGGGCCUGUUAAGAAAUUUACUCUAGAGAUAGACACUGAAAAAGAUCCUUUGGCGUCGCCGCAGCAAUCUGAUUUUGAUAGGUGGUGUCUUUUUCUGUCAAGAAAUGGUGUGGAUGAACUUAACUUAUCUUUAUAUAGUGAUCGAGGGCAAGAUUAUCAGCUGCCAUUUUGUUUACUCUCUUGCAGGACAGUUAAGAAAGUGAUAGUCGAAGGUCCCUUUAUUAAUUUGCCUUUAAAUGCUUGUGGUAUAUUUUCCAAUGUCACUUCAUUAGCUUUCUUGAAUGUUGUAUUUCACCGCAGUGUUAAUGGAAUUGCCUCUAGUAUUAGUAUUCCUAAGCUUGAGAAACUGGCUUUCGAGGAUUGUCAAGGGAUCAAUAAGUUUGAGAUCAGCUCUCCAAAGCUUGAAAUCUUGUCUGUUAUUAGUUAUAUUUAUGAUUUGGUUCAUGCGAGAUGGUUGGCAGCGCAUUUGAAAGCCAUUAAGACUCUUUGGUUGUGUGGCUCUUCGUUGUCGUGUAUGCAUGUAUCUAUGCUUCCAACUGCAAUAAAUCUGCGAGUUCUGAAGGUAUAUGAAUUAGAUUUUGGUUGUUGGAAUCAGUUCCUCGUUUCUAUGCAAUUGCUUCAAAAAUGCCCCAACCUAUGUGAACUAUGGAUUAUGGCGGAUGAGUUAGGUUGGGAGGAUGACAACGAACUGAACGAUGCUGCUUCAAAGCUUUUGGAGGAUGGAAGCGGUUGCUUGUUUAUUCAAGAGAUGCAGAUGCUUAACACAAUUAAGAUUGAAGCAUUCAGUGAUCAAUCCGAACUCGAAAUGCUUUUUAUGAAAAUGUUGCUCUCAAAAUCCCCUGCGCUAGAGAGAGUUGUUAUUGUGAAGUCUUGGCGUAGGAAUGCCUCCGAAGUGGUGAGAAAAAUUCAAAGGAAGUUGGAAUGCUUCCCUCGUGCAUCUCCAAAUGCACAAAUUGUUUGCACUGGCAAUGAAUAUGCACGUAUGAGUAAGGACUGGAUGGAUACCCAUGGUGUUAGGCUUGUAGACUGA